GCUAUGUUAUGGAAACGUUGCUAUGGAAAGAAAAAGUCUUUUUUUAUCAUUUUGUUUCUAACCUAAAUGCUUUAGUACAUUUCUUUCACAUUAGUUGGAUGUGUGGCAAAUUUUAAGAGGAAAGUGUGUGUUGGAUGGGUGGCCACUUUUCAAGAGGGAAGCAGUAGGUAAAUGACAAUAACUUGUCCAUACCUCCAUCCACUUCGACAUAACCACUUGAUAGUUACUAUAUAGAGACAGAAGAGAAGGGAAAACAAAACCAGAAAAAACAAAAAAAAAAACAGAGGAGAAGAAAGAAAAGAUCAAUAGCGUGAAUAUGGAACAAGAGAAGAAGGGAAAGGUAUGUGUAACAGGAGGAAGUGGUUAUCUUGGUUCAUGGAUGAUUAUGAAACUCCUCCAACUUGGUUAUUCUGUUAACACCACUAUUAGGUCACAUCCAGACCUUAAAAGGGAUGUGAGCUACCUCACAAAUCUCCCUAAUGCUCCAGAAAGGUUGCAUAUCUUUAAUGCGGAUCUACACAAACCAGAGAGUUUCAAUAUAGCGAUUGAAGGCUGUAUUGGGGUAUUUCAUGUUGCACAUCCAAUUGAUUUUGAGGACAAGGAAACUGAAGAAACGAUAACGCAAAGAUCAAUUGAUGGGAUUAUAGGUAUUUUACAGGCAUGUCUCGAGUCACAGACAGUUAAACGUGUUGUGUACACUUCUAGUGCAGCUACGGUUUUGGGUGACAGUUCAAACAUAGUUGAUGAAAGCUCGUGGACAGAUGUAGAUCUUAUAAGAACCUUAAAGCCUUUUGCAAGUUCUUACACUAUCAGCAAGACAUUAACAGAGAAGGCAGCUCUAAAAUUUGCAGAAAAAAAUGGAAUUGAUCUUGUGACUGUAAUCCCAACUUGGAUAAAUGGUCCCUUUAUUACUCCUCAAAUUCCUGGCUCUGUUCGUUCAUCAUUGGAAAUGAUUCUUGGCCAUCAAAGUAAUAUCAUAAAAUAUCCUCCAAUUGUGCCUUUUGUACAUGUAGAUGAUGUGACAAAUGCCCACAUCUUCCUUCUUGAAAAUCCUAAUGCAAAAGGAAGGUAUAUUUGCUCAGCUGUUGAAAUAACACGGGAAAAGCUAGCUCAGUUUCUUUUAACUAGAUAUCCGGAAUUUCAAAAACAAAUUACUGAGUACACAUGGACGAGUAGAGAACUUAAACGGUCUAGCCUUUCAUCAAAAAAACUUUUGGAGACUGGAUUCAAGUACAAAUAUGGCCUUGAGGAAAUGUUCGAUGGAGCAAUUGAUUGUUGCAAACAAAGAGACAUGCUCUAAUCCAUUUAUAGCAUACACAACUUAGAAACUUCAUUACCUGUGAAGCUCUUCCCUUUUUAUCUUCAUCUCUUGUUUCAUUUCCAUAUACUCAUAAACCUGAAUAGCUGUAAAUGUACAUUUUAGUGGACAUUCAUUUAUCAUAGUUCAAAUGAAUAGUGAGAUAAGUCUUGCAAAUGCACUUGUGACUCCUCCAAAACUUGUACCAUGUUCUAAGGGUCUUUCAUGCGCUCUUAAGAAUCGAAAUGAAGUUGGUUAACCUUUUAAGUGGUUGAGAAUCAUUUGGAAUGUGUCUCGGUACUUAGAUGAGAGUAUUUGUAAGGAUUGGAUUUUUGUCAAUUAUUCAUUUUAUGUGAUUUGACCAUUUUAAUUA